AUGUCUUUGAUUUACGUCAAUGAGACGCCGUUGAAAGAUAGGGAGUCGUUGUUGGAGCGUAAGAGUAGGGAUUUUUUUGUUUUGGUUGCGACGACUCGGCGUGAAGAGGAGAUGCAGAGAUUUGAGAGUCAACGUAGGAAAGAUGGAUUGGUGGCGAAGAGUAGGUUAAUGGGAGCUGGUGAGAGAGGAAUCGGGUAUGGUGGUGAUGAAUUGGGUUAUGAUUCGGCAGCCAAGCCCAAAAUGCAUCUGAAAGGUAGGAAAAUCGGGGAGGGAAUGCGCAUAAUUUUGGUACCUAGCGCGUUUCAGACUUUGAUUACCAUUUAUAAUGUGAAGGAGUUUUUGGAAGAGGGGGUCUAUAUACCUACGGAUGUGAAGGUUAAACAGAUGAAAAGGCCGAAACCAGAGUGUGUUACAGUGCAGAAGAAGUUUAGUACUGAUAGGAAUAGUGUGAUGACGGUUUAUGAGGUGAGGGAUAAGCCGUCUGCGCUUAGAGCUGAUGAUUGGGAUAGGGUUGUGGCAAUUUUUGUGUUGGGGAAGAAGUGGCAAUUCAUGGAUUGGCCUUUUAAGGAUCGUGCUGAGAUAUUUAAUAAAAUUAUUGGAUUUUUCAUGCGGUUAGAAGAUGAUAGUGUGGAAUCAGAAAAGAUUGUGAAGCAGUGGAAUGUAAAGAUUAUCUCGAUUAGCAAGAACAAGAGACACAAGGAUAGAGCUGCAGCAUUGGAGGUGUAGGAAAGAUUAGAAGAAUUUAUGCGCUCACGAUCACACACUUGAAGCAUGCAGAAUUUUAGAAUUAGCAAAUUAGCUUGUUCUUCAACAAGCCAGAUUAGAGCAAUUGAGCUAAAGAAAAAACAAGAAGGGCUAGACUGAAUUUGCAACCGCUUGAGCUAGGAGGUCCUGCUCCAUGCUUUUUCAAGGUGAUUGGCUAGUAUAAUCAUUCAAUCUGAGUUUUGAUGUUGCAGUUCGCUCAAUUCACCAGCCUCUCUUGAGCUCAAACAGAGAAGCAAUGAUUACUGUAGAGAUAAUUAGAAAGGAUGACAAGCAUUCCUUGCCUGAAUAUGUGGAUGUUAUGGUCUCCUGUUUGUUUCAUGUUGUUCAAGUUAUCUUCCAAUGGUGUGUCGCAACUGAGAGCUGGAGGCUUUGGUUUUUGCAGGAGUGAAUCUGACAAUUUGAAAGGCUGGGUUUACAGCACAAGGUCUGUUCUAAUGAUGCUUUUCCUCUUAUUUUUCUUUAUGUAGUGAUCUAACCUAUGGUAUUAGAUUGAGGAACAUGACUGACAUGGUUUGUUUCUUAGUAGGAUAUUGACUUCAGUACAUGUAAAACUGUCAAGUUAAUACCUUUUACGAACUUGAUUGUUCUUCGUUAUUAUGUUAUUCAUUUCCAUCCCUUUUAGCUCAGCUUA